AUGUACGUUGCUGGGCAUCGUCGGACAUCGCCUCGCAGAUUGCCUCGUGCCAUAUUUUUCAAAGGUGAAUCCGAAUUGGAAUUGGCCUUCGAUACGGCCAUCCAAGAUAUAAAUUAUCUAAAUCCAGAAUACCAAUUAGAAUUUAAUCCCAUCAAACGGUAUUUAAGUGAAGAUGACAGCAUUAUUUUGCAGGAGAUGGCCUGCGAUUUGCUGAAUAAUGGGGUGGCCGCCAUUAUUGGCCCAAGUUCAGCUACUAAAAGCGACAUUGUCAACGUUUUGUGCAAUCUGACGGGGAUACCCCAUCUGCAAUUCGAUUGGAAUGGCGAAGAGACGGACAUGGUUCAGAGUAAAUAUUUCUAUACGAUUAAUGUGGCGCCAUCGGUUAAUGUUUUGUCGCAGGCCUACUUAGACAUUGUGAAAAAUAAUCCACUGAAUUGGAAAACAUUCACCAUUGCCUAUGAGACCUCAUCGGAUCUAUCCCGCAUGCAACACCUGUUGGCCUGGAAACAAUUUCACAAGUCCGGCAUCAAGUUGAUACCCUUCAAUCGUAACGAUGAUCUUCGAAUUCUCUGGAAACUUAUAAAAAAUUCUCGAGAGAGAAAUGUUCUGAUCGAUUGUCCGGCGGAUAUGGCGGUGGGGGUAAUGCAGGAGGCCAUAAAUUUUAAUAUGACUACGUCAUUUAAUAGCUUCUUCUUUACAAAUUUGGAUACCCAUACAAGUGGCUUGCAAUCGCUAAUAUCGGACAAAUUUCUAUCGAAUGUUACCAGUGUUCGGCUGCGAAGCUAUAUACCUCCGCCCCAGCAUAGUGAAACAGAUGUUUUUGAUCCGGGAGAAAAGGACUCAAUUCGCAGUCUGAAGCAGCAGAAUAUCUACGAUGUCCUGGUGCUAUAUUAUAAUGCCCUACAGCAGACCUUUCAACCGGAUCCGAUACCUCCACCCGAAGGCUCGUGUAUGGGUGGUUUUUGGGAAUCCGGAAAUGAUGUCAUCGAUCGCAUGAAAAAGAUGAAUUCGAAACACAUUGAACCCCAUUAUAAGACCCAAAAAAUGCUCCUAAAUCCGCAUGGCAUACGUGAUGACUUCAAUUUGGAUAUCUACGAUGCAAUGAUCGAUGAGACCUUGAGUGUCUGGAAUAAAAAUCAUGGCCUUGUGCCCUAUGACCAUUUAAUAGCUAAUAUGACCAGGAAACCGGUGAAGCCCCGCAAAAAGGGUGAUGAUGCAGAGAAGCAAAAGAAAAAGGUGAAAUAUACCGUGGCCACGAGGAUUGGAGAACCCUAUUUUAUGAUUCGUGAAGAGCCCGAGGGGGUCCAUUUCGAGGGCAAUGAUCGUUUCAAGGGUUAUGUUGUCGAUUUAAUUUUCGAACUUUCCAAGGAUCUACAUUUCGAUUUUGUCUUCGAACCAGUGCCGGAUAAUAAAUACGGGUCCUAUGACCCGGUCACCAAUGAAUGGGAUGGUAUUGUUAGGCAGUUAAUGGAUAAUCAAGCUCAAAUGGGCAUUUGUGAUUUGACCAUAACGCAGGAGCGUCGAACUGUCGUGGACUUCACGGUGCCCUUUAUGCAGCUGGGUGUACAAAUUCUGUAUUCGAAACCCCCACCUCCGAAGAAAGAAUUAUUUCAAUUUCUCGAACCCUUCUCGGUGGAGGUAUGGCUUUGCCUGCUGAUAGCCCUGCUGCUGAUGUCGCUGAUUUAUGUUUUGCUGGCCAGAUUUACCCCCGAAGAGUGGCAACCACAGGAUGAUCCGAAUUCCGUGCAGCUGGUCUGGUCACUACGAAAUUCCCUGCAUUUACAUAUCAAUUCGGUGCUGCAAGUGGGAUGUGAUAUUUUGCCAACUGCCAAUCACAUGCGUCUCUUUACGACCUUUUGGUGGAUCUUCGCCCUGCUAAUGGCCCAGACAUAUUUGGCCAAGAUGACCUCUUUUAUAACCGCUUCCAAAAUGGAUGGUACCAUCCAGAACCUACACGAUCUGGUGCAGCAAAAUAAAAUACAAUUUGGCACCAUCAAAGGUGGAUCGACUUCGCAAUUCUUUUCAGAAUCGAAUGAAUCGGAAUAUCGUUUGGCUUGGAAUAAAAUGAGAACCUUUAAACCAGAGGCACUGACCAAAGACAAUAAAGAGGGCGUGGAUCGGGUGCGACAUAGCAAAGGACGUUAUGCUUUCCUAUUGGAGACCCCCAAUCUGCAGUACUAUGCCAAGCGGCAUUGUGACCUUAUGCCGAUUGGAGAUCCAUUCGGGGAGAAAUUGUACGGGAUUGCGGUGCCAUUGAAUGCCCCCUAUCGGUCCGAACUGAAUGUGGGCAUAUUGAAGCUCAGCGAACAGGGUUUCCUCUACAAAUUGAAACGUGAAUGGAUUUUCAAUAAUAAUACCGUGCUGUGUGAGGAUGAACACAGCGGCAGCCAGGAUGGUUCCCAAAUGGAUAUGGAAACGCUGAGAGGCGUAUUUCUUGUCCUGCAGUUGGGUAUUGGUGUGGCCCUGGUUAUUGGGGUGGUGGAAUUUAUUUGGUAUACCUAUAAAAUGGCUGCCAGGGAUAGGAUCCAUCCCAAAGAGGCCCUGAAAAAGGAUUUCCAAUUCUUUUUGCGAUUUUGGAUUGAAAGGAAACCCCUGACAAUGUAUAAACGCCAUGGUUCAAGUAUCCAGUCUAAGGGUUCUCUGCUGCCGGCUUCAACGACCACAGCCACAACAGGAAGUACGUCAACGGAAAAACAAAAGAAAAAAGUCAAACGCAGAAAGAGAGGGGAGCAGUCGGAAAGGGAAUAG